UGCGUCUGUGCCAACUGCUACACCCCACGUGUGGCAUGCAACUCAUUUACAUGGAACAACUGAUUUUAUUUUUUUCAGUCGCGGAAUUUCAUCGUCCACACUACUUGUGACCUUUUCUCCUACCUUGUUCUUCAUAUAUGGCUACGUUCAGUGACGAAUCAUUUUCAAAGUUUGCCGAGGAGUACAUCAAUAGCGAUCUAUCACCAUGGACAUUUUUCGUGGAAGCGACUAAUUUCAAGAUCUAUCGACGUCGGUUUGAACCAAAACCUGCCUUGUUUGAAUAUCGAGUCAUAGGAGGCUAUCCUGAUAUACCAGCCAAAGUCCUCACCAAGGUCUACCUGGACCUUGACUUUCGGCAAAAAUGGGAUAAGAAUAUGCUCUGCUACAAGGAGUUGGGAUCGAAAGAGGUGUUGCACUUUGUCAUGAAAUACCCAUGGCCUCUCAGCAACCGUGACUAUGUGUACCAGAUGAAGUUGAAGACACUUCAAGCUGCUCAAGAUCGGACAUUGCUCGUCAUCCAAGGUGACUCGGUCCAGUCCUACCAGGUACCAGUGUUCGAACCCCCAAGCAACGGAGUCAUCCGUAUUGACAACUACCGUCAGAAUAUCGUCAUCGAGGACGAUGGGAAGGGAGGAAGCUUAGUGCAGGUAAAGUCCAAGGCUUAAAAAAUCCGCCACCUAUCAUAAAAGGAAAUAACCAUUCAAUUCUCGUUUCAGUUGGACUAUUUUGAUGACCCUAAGGUAGAUCUCAGCCUUACCUAUUUGACAUGAUCAUCGCUU